AUGAAUUUCCUCUAUACUAGUUAUUAUAUGUGUUAUAAGUAGAGUUCACAAAAAUAGAAAUUUCCUAAUUAAUUAAAAGAAUACUCAUUGAGUCAGUAAAUCAAGGCUGCUUUAUUUACUGUGAUUUGUUUUUUAUUUGUUGCUUUUGUGUCUGUUAACUUCAUCAGUUUGUUUAUGGGCAUGCCUAUGGCUUAAGGAGAGCCAAAUAUAAAUGAUGGUCUAAGUGCCUCAGAAGACUUUAUAGCAAAUAUGGUUAGUGAAAUUUAUUCAACCUUGUCAUAUAGCUUAUAUUUAAUGAAUUCAUUAUUUAUUGGCAUGUUUUAUACUGAUUUUAAAAAGAUCAAUUUGAUAAUGAUAAUUGAUUAAGAAAUAGUAUUGGGUAGAAACCAGAAAUCCGUCUGA